AGCGAUUUGCAAAUUUGGAGCAAAAGCAAAGCAAUGUUGUAGAUGGAUUAGAAGAUGGCAAUAAUUCAUCUGAAAAUGAUGUUAAUAUACCCGAUCUUGUUAUAAAAUCGUUAGAGGAUGAUACUCCUGCAUCUGAUAUAACUGAUGACACUUCAAACUUUGAUAUAUAUGUUUUGACUAAACAAAUUUUGCAAGAUCUCGAAAUUAUGACUAGAAAUUAUGAAUCUAUCAAUGGUAUGUACCUUAAAUAA